AUGUGCAUGUCAGUUUUUACUUAUUGUUUUGAUAUCUAUGACACGCUGCACGUCCUUUUAGUGAAGAUGACUACUAAAAGUGUUGAAAAUCCUCACGAAGAACAACAAAAAACGUUAUUAAAUAGAAUUGUCUCUAAUGUAGUAAGUAUACGAGAUAUUGAUGCGGUUCUUUACCAAACAAGUUUUCUAAAUACCAUUAUUUCUAUAAAGAAAAAAUUAAACGAUGUUCUUGAAGAUAUGAAUUGUCGUAUUAUGGAAAUAAAUGAAUACAAUCGGGAUAUUGUGGUACUUUCGCAAUUCUGGGCAAAUUAUAGCAGAAACGCUACUUUUAACCUUGAAAGUAUGCACAAAUUGAGGGAUCCUAUGUAA